UUCAUUGCCUUUGCUUGCUGAUCAUCAACCCUUAACAACCACUCUGUUUCAUCUCCCCAUGCCUCCCUUUGAUUUGAACCAAGCAUUAAAAGAAGAGGAAGAGGGAAAUCAACCCGAAGCCAUUCUGUUCAGCGGCGGCGGCGGCCACCAUGAUCGCAAAGCUAAUCACUGCGCUCAACCCCCACAACAAGAGGAAACUAGAUUAGCUGGAAAAAGGAUGCCUUCCGAGACUCGACUUGUGAGGAAGAUGAUAGAUUCGAAUGGUGAGAUCAUUCGAGUCUGCAGCGACUGCAACACAACCAAGACCCCUUUGUGGAGAAGCGGCCCAAAUGGCCCCAAAUCUCUGUGCAAUGCAUGCGGAAUACGGCAAAGGAAGGCAAGGCGAGUGAUGGCUGGAGUGAUCCCUCCACCUCCUGCACUGCCAACUAAUUUGAAAGACAGGAGGAAAGAAAAGAAGAAGAAGGGAGAGGUUUAUCGAAGUCUCCCCCUCAAGAAACAGUUCAAGUUAACCAGUGCAGGGAAGCUUUGUUUUGAUGAUAAUUAUGGUGAUGCGGCGUUGGGCUCGAGAAAUAAUAGAUCAGCAACGCGGGAGCAGAGAGAUGCUGCGGUCCUGCUGAUGACUUUAUCCUGUGGCCUUAUUCUGAGCUGAGCCAAAUUCUUCACUAAUUUGUUGCAUUUUUGUUUGCUGCAUGUUUCCCUCUUGUGAUAAUUCAUCCACAAGCAUGUUUGUUUCUUCUGUUGCG